GCUCAGAGGCUGUGUACAAGUGCUGUGUGCUCCGUCUGCUGCCACACUUAGCCACAGUUUCAUGCAGACUGACUAUUUAAUCAUUUCCGAUCUGUUUUAAGAAGAGUUGCGCUCCUGGGUACGUGUUUCGUGUUUCUGGACACUUUGUCUCCCGCUUCCCGGCUCCACUUUUGUUUUUUGCGGUGAACAAGGGCUCGGGGCAGACUGACAGGCGGCUUUUUGUGGCAUGUGAUACGGACAACAGACAAGGCGUGUUCACGUUACGCGGAUGUAAAAGAAGAAAAGAGAACACAGUGUUUAUCAUUUUUAUUUUGAUAGCCAUUUUUACGAUGUUUGUGAGGGGCAGGAGCGCGGAGAUGGUUCCCGGUACAUUUGGCUGGGCGCUUGCUAGCUGUUGAAUGGCCAACGCGCAGGGAGGAAGAACAAUGUGCUGAGCCUCACGGGAAGGCGUCGGAUGCUCUGAUGCAAAUGACCCUAGCCUUUUUAAUGUGACUUUGUGAAUGCGUUUUUAUUCGCUUCACUGUGUCCUGGUUAAAAAAAACAACAACAUCACCAAGAUUGGUCUUUUUUGACAGUGUCCCUUUCCAUACAUGACAACAAUGCGGAUUACCUCUUGACUGGACGUCUUUGUGUGUCAUUGGGCUCUUGGUAAAAGUUUGCGUGAAUUGGAUAUUUCCUGAAAAAGAGACGGCUGACUGAGGGUAAAUCUUCAUCACGUGCAUAGCUUUUUUCUGUGAAGCCUCGAAGACAAACAGCAAGUGGGACAGCCAUGGCAAACGACUCAAUACAAAGUGACCCCGGUGGGCUGACGGUUUUGGAGCAGCUCGGUUUGGAUCAGAACUCAGACUUCUCGGACUCCAGUGUUCAGCAGCUUCUGGAGGAGCAACGUGAAAGGAUUCGAAGAGAAAUACGGAGAGAGUUAAAGAUCAAGGAAGGAGCUGAGAAUCUGCGACGGGCCACUACUGACAAGAGGAAUGCCCAGCAGGUGGAAAAUCAGCUGAGAAGCUCUAAUCGCAAACUGGACGAUCUGCACGCACAGCUGCAGGAGCUGGACGCACACAUUGUGGUCAAAGGAGGAGAUGAGAAUAAAGAUGAAUGCCCCCAGUCCCCUGGGGCAGAGAGCCGAACCUCAGCCCACAAGGAGCGCAUCGCUGCCCUGGAGAGACAGCUCAACAUCGAGCUCAAAGUCAAACAGGGCGUUGAAAACAUGAUUCCCAUCUAUGCUAACGGAUCCACUAAGGACAAGAAGAUGUUACAGACGGCUCAGCAGAUGCUUCAGGACAGUAAGACCAAAAUUGACAUAAUUCGGAUGCAGAUCCGCAAAGCUGUGCAGGCCACCGAGCAGAAUGACGACACACAAGGUAACCAAGACUUGUGUGGAGUGGAGCUGCGCAUAGAGGAGCUGAGGCAUCACUACAGGGUGGAGCAUGCUGUGGCGGAGGGGGCAAAAAAUGUGCUUCGACUCCUAGGAGCCAACAAGGUCCAGGACAAGAAGGCUCUGUCUGAGGCUCAGACUCGUCUAAGCGAGGCCUCUCAAAAGUUGGAUCUACUGAGGGAUUCUUUAGACCAGCGCCUCUCAGAACUGCCAGACGACCAUCCCAAAUCCAGUGUUAUCAAGGAAGAACUUGUCCUGGCCUCUUCUCCAGCGUUCAGCUCUCGCCAUGGUGCCCCCUACCUCCUUAACCAGUACAGCACGCUAAACAAGCCAUCGCCACUAACUGGUACGCUACAGGUACAGCUGCUGGGCUGUGUGGGUCUGCUGGAGGUGGUUCCAGGCCGCUGUAAAGGCACCGCAGUGAUGUUGCCCUGUUACAGCCCUGGAGACACCAAGUCCUUCAUGAGAGGAAGCAAAGGACUGUACGGGGGACGCAGCGGCUCCGUCAGCGGCAAGACGCCGAGCAAAACAGAUGAGCUCUCGACUGAGGUGAGUGCAGUUUUGAAGCUGGACAACUCUGUGGUGGGACAGACGGCUUGGAGGACAGUAGGAGAACAGGCCUGGGACCAAACUUUCACUGUGGAGCUAGAGAGGUCUCGGGAGAUGGAAAUCGCUGUUUACUGGAAGGACUACCGCUCGCUAUGUGCCCUCAAAUACCUGAAGCUUGAGGAGUUUCUCGACAACCAAAAACACAGGGUCCAACUGGAGCUGGAGCCGCAAGGCCUCCUGCUGGCUGAGGUGACCUUCUUUAACCCUGUAAUCGAGAGAGCGCCUCGCCUGCAGAGGCAAAGGAAGGUCUUUUCCAAACAGCAAGGCAAAGCAUUUCUUCGAGCUCGUCAGAUGAAUGUAGAUAUUGGGACGUGGGUGAGGCUUUUGAGAAACGCUAUUCCAACUGUCAACAACUCCGGCACCUACAGUCCGAACGCUCACAGCCUCACACUGAACAGCGGAGAGAUCUCAGUGGAAAAGUUGAGUUUGGACAGCGACUCUCCCAUUAGAGGCGAUUACAAGAGAGAAGUGGAUAUACAUACACCGGACCGACUACCAGCCACCGAACCCAUAUCUCCCCCAGACCUCCCCCCAGAGAGCCCUGCCCACACCCCACCCAUUAACAGUAAGCAAAGAAGAGGUCCACUUUCCCUGCAGGAUUUUAGAUUGAUAGCAGUGCUUGGAAGAGGACAUUUUGGAAAGGUGUUGUUAUCAGAAUAUAAAAAGACAGGAACAAUGUAUGCUAUCAAAGCACUAAAGAAAGGAGAUAUUAUAGCUCGAGAUGAAGUUGAAAGCUUGAUGUGUGAGAAGCGCAUUUUUGAGAUCGUGAACCUGUCCCAUCACCCAUUCCUGGUCAAUUUGUUCGCCUGUUUUCAGACUGCAGAGCAUGUGUGUUUUGUCAUGGAGUACACAGCAGGGGGUGACCUAAUGAUGCAUAUACAUACAGACGUGUUCACAGAACCACGCUCUGUGUUUUAUGCAGCCUGCGUGGUUCUAGGACUUCAGUUUCUUCAUGAUCAUAAGAUUGUAUACAGGGACCUUAAACUUGACAACCUUCUACUCGGCACGGAUGGUUAUGUAAAAAUUGCGGACUUUGGCCUUUGUAAAGAAGGGAUGGGUUUUGGGGAUAGGACAAGCACAUUCUGUGGCACUCCAGAGUUUUUGGCCCCAGAGGUCCUCACAGACACGUCCUACACCAGAGCAGUGGACUGGUGGGGGCUGGGUGUCCUCAUCUAUGAAAUGUUGGUGGGAGAGUCCCCAUUUCCAGGAGAUGAUGAAGAGGAGGUGUUUGAUAGCAUUGUGAAUGAUGAAGUACGCUACCCACGCUUUCUCUCUACUGAGGCCAUUGGCAUCAUGAGAAGACUGUUACGCAGGAACCCUGAGCGGCGACUCGGUUCUGGUGAGAAGGAUGCAGAGGAGGUGAAGAAACAGCCUUUCUUCAGGAAUAUGGACUGGGAAGCUCUGCUCCAGAAAAAGGUGCCUCCUCCAUUUAUUCCUACAAUUGGUGGCAAAGAAGAUGUGAGUAACUUUGACGAAGAGUUCACGACAGAAGCUCCGACUCUGACUCCUCCACGGGAGCCGCGAGUCCUCUCCCGAAAAGACCAGGAUAGUUUCAGAGACUUUGAUUAUGUCUCAGACCUCUGCUAAUGCUACAGGACUUCAAGACCCUAAAGAAUGUGUCAAGGCUUCAAGUGGAGCCGAUAUAUCAACCCAUCUGACUGUUUGUCUACGAUUAUUACACUGUGAAUGAAUGAAGACAUAUUGGCGUGUUUUGUUUAUUCAUGUCAGCAGGAUUUUAAAAGACUCUGAACUUAUUAAGAUGUAUGUAUAAAUGUUGCAAUCAAGGUGUGAUGAGUAGAACUACCAUAGAAGACUGGUUUGUCUGUUCUUUGUACAUGUCAUUGCCUGAAGUUCAUUGAAAACAGUAGCCUAUAAAAACGUGUCAUCUGUGCAGCUCUGAGAGGAGAGGUUUGCUGUAUCUUUGUACUGUUACAUGGGAUGAAGGCUGAUUAAAAGCCUCUCAUACUGAUGCCUUAUAUUUUUACGUGAAAUUUUACCACUACAGAGGAUUUGUUUUAAUAUGAACACAUUUGAGCUAAUAGUGGCUUUUCAGUAAAGGUUGUGAACUGACUUGGCAAGUUAUGAGAGGAUUACAGGGUAAAACCACUGUCCAGUUUAUAGGAACUAUUUGGAAGUGCAACAAAACAAUUUAAUAAUGAAUAGUUGAUAAUGGAAAUAAUGCAUGUCUUUGGCUCAGACACAACUAAGCAUUAAAGAUAUAUGGCAUGUUGGCAA